AUGAAUAAGAUACCCAUUAAAGACCUUUUAAAUCCACAAAUAACAGAUGAGUUCAAAUCGAAUAUACUGGACAUAAAUAAAAAGCUCUUUUCUAUUUGCUGUAAUUUACCUAAGUUACCAGAGAGUGUAACAACAGAAGAAGAAGUUGAAUUAAGGGAUAUAUUAGGAUUCUUAUCUAGGGCCAACAAAAACCGUAAGAUUAGUGAUGAGGAGAAGAAGUUGUUGCAAACAACAUCUCAACUCACUACUACCAUUACUGUAUUACUCAAAGAAAUGCGCAGCAUAGAAAACGAUAGAAGUAAUUAUCAACUUACACAGAAAAAUAAAUCGGCGGAUGGGUUGGUAUUUAAUGUGGUAACUCAAGAUAUGAUAAACAAAAGUACUAAACCUUACAGAGGACACCGGUUUACAAAAGAAAAUGUCCGAAUACUAGAAAGUUGGUUUGCAAAGAACAUCGAGAACCCAUAUCUAGAUACCAAGGGCCUAGAGAAUCUAAUGAAGAAUACCAGUUUAUCUCGCAUUCAAAUCAAAAACUGGGUUUCGAAUAGAAGAAGAAAAGAAAAAACAAUAACAAUCGCUCCAGAAUUAGCGGACCUCUUGAGCGGUGAGCCUCUGGCAAAGAAGAAAGAAUGA